AUUUGGGUCGUGGGCUUUUCUCCGUGAACGAGAUCCGAGGCGCGGGACGCAUGUAAACGGGGGUGGCCCUCUCGCGCCCCUUUCCCGGAGUGUUAACUCCCUGAAGAACAUAGAGCAAGCAAAUUCCAGACAGUCCUCCUGCCACAGAGAUGCAGGAAACAGAUCUCCCGGACAAAACUGAGUGUGCACAGCUGCAGCACUCUGCAGAAGAGGCAAUGGAAACCGCAGCUGCCAAAGGCUGCUCGCCGAAGAGCAGUGAGGUUCCCCGUGUAUCCUUGCAGUUGUCUCACAGUGAAGAGUCAGAACCAGGCCCAGAGGCCCGCUGCUUCCGGUGGGGGGAGUUCCAGAGCAGCACUCCAGCUGAAAAUGAUGCAAGUGGAGCCAUGGAGUCGAAUUGCCUGGUCCAUGGAAGAUCAGCCUUUGUGGCUUAUGAUGGCAGCAUCCCAGGCGGCCAGGAGGCCUCUGAUGCCCCACAGACCCGCAGGGAUGGUGGAGAGCAGGAACCUGCUGCCUGCAAUGUGGUGGCCCCCGGACCCAUCGAGGAGGAGGAUCCCGCCGUCCUUGCCAUGUUCCGCGCUGUCGCCGACAGCCGCUUGGCGGUGCGGAGCCAACAGAAGGACGAGCCGGAUUUCACGCCUGCACAGAAGCUGGCCAUCCUGCAGGACUUGUACCGCUCGAAGCCCCUGGUCUUCCUGGAGCGCUUCCGGACGGUCCUGCGUGAGGAGCACCUGCCCUGCUUCCAGCACCUGUCUGGCAACUACGAGGCAGACUUCUACUGCGCCGAAGUGCGCAGGGCAGGCCUGGGCAAAACGCGGCACACGCGGGUGCGGAACAAGCGCUAUGCCGCUCUGCAGCAGCUCAUCAGAGAUGGGGAAUACUUCAGCGACGAGCAGAUGCGCUGCAGGGACCCGCUUCUUUAUGAGCAGUACAUCGGGCAGUACCUGAGUGACGAGGAGCUGCAGGCGCUGGGCAGCCUCAAGGAGGGGGCUUCCUGCUCCCUCUCGGCGGUCCUGCUGGACUCCUACCAGGAACAGGUCAUCCAGCGGCGGCUCCAGGUGCAGCAGGAGCAGGAGGAGGCCUGCGAGGAGGAGGAGGAGGAGGAGAGCAGCAACGACAACGGGGAAGGCAAAGCCUCCGACUCAGAAAUGGAUGAGUGGGUGCCCGACCAGGAGGAGAAAGCAAUUCUGCGGGAGGAGUUCACCAGCCGGAUGUACCAGCGCUUCCUCAACGGCAAGGAUGGAGACUUCGACUACAGCGAGGUUGACGAGAACCCAGACUUCGACAACCUGGACAUCAUCUCACGGGAUGAGGAAGAGCGCUACUUUGAUGGGGAGGAACCAGAAGAUGCAGGCGUGAUGGAGGCGGAGUAGAGGGGUCCGGGAUCCUGGCCCAGAGCUGGAGGCGAGGGCCUGGGACACAACCGCAGGGACACCGGAUGGGCGCGUUCUGCCCUCCGACAGCCCUCCUGCCUGGUCGAGAGGCUCCACCUGAAGGGGCUCAGAAGAGCAGCUUCGCCCUGGAGCAGGUGCAGUGCGUCGAGGUCCAACCUGAUGGUGUGCUCAGCAGCUCCAGUACUGGGCAGACGCCCCGAGUUUCUCUCCUGGCUGUUUCUCAGCGAGUCGCAGGAGAAGUGCCAACUCUCGCCCCAGUCAUUGGCAAAGGGCAAGGCCUUCUGGACUGGGCAGCUGCAGUUGGCAUCUGAAGCUGCAGGGCAGCGCUCCUUGCCCAGGUGGCUGCCUCACCUCUGGACAGUCCUGCUGCGGAGAUGUGACGGGGUCCGACCCACAAGCCCUGAAAAUCAUGGGACCCCCUGUUCGUGACGGAGGCAGAGCCUGGACUGCCGGCGGGCGAGAGGCUCUGCAGCUGCCCCGUUGCUCAGUGGCGCAUCAUGCGUCCAGCGACGUCUCCAGCGUUUGAAAAUAAAUAAUCUGUCGUGUA